AAAAAAAGUUUUCUGAUUUUCUCCUAGAAAACGCACUGUUUUUAUGAAAAUUUAACAGUUACAUAAAUACGUAAGUAGUUACAAAUUUUUGUGGGCAAUUCAGAUUUGAUUUCUAGAACGGAACAAUGGGAAGUGUGGCCUAUAUCAUCAUUAACGAACCAGAAAAUAAGUAAAUCGCUCAACUCACUUCCUACUUCCGAAUAAUACAAUGGCUUUAUCUUCAUGUUUUUUAGCCAUACAAUUCAUACCUCUUCAGAACCCAGGUGUUCCUAUCGCCAAUCAAAGCAAUCGAAAGCUUCAUAGAACAGUCAAGUUUGACUCUUUGAAACCUAAGGCUACAGGAGACAAGGAAACGAAGCCAAAAGUAAAGAGUGUCAUAUGUACGGAUUGUGAUGGAAAUGGUGCUGUUCAAUGUUCACAAUGCAAAGGUGUUGGUAUUAACCCUGAAGAUUUCUUUAACGGGCAAUUUAAAGCUGGGGACUCAUGUUGGCUUUGUGGAGGCAGGAAAGAAAUGCUAUGCGGAGGUUGUAAUGGAGCCGGCUUUGUAGGCGGUUUCAUGAGCGGAUUUGAUCAUUAGAUUCAUCCGUAGGUAUACAAAAUGUUCCACCGUAACAUAAAUCAUGUAAAUAAGUCUUAUAUUUUAUAUUUAUUCUUCGAAUUUUAUGCGUUUAAAUCUUUAACGAGUACAAAGAGUUUAAAAACUAUGUAUGAACUCAUUCAUCUGACUUUGUAACAACUUAGUCUCCUCGGAAUCGGGCCGGAAAACGUGAAAAACAUGUUUUUCGUUUUUCGUCUCAAUAAGUUCAACUUUCACGCCUUUUCCCUUCAAAAAUUCGGCAUACUCCACUCCCCGUUCCUUCAAGAAAUCAAAUUCUGCCACAAAAACAAGAACGUCGGGAAACCGAUUCCAUUCCGACAUCGAGACCACCAUCUUUUUAAGGUUGCACCCGUCAUAGUCACGGUUCGAGCCCUUAGGCACGCUUAGGCUCCAAAACAUAUCGUUCGACUUCACAUCGUCAACUGACUCAACUUUCGUCUCUAACUCGGUUCGCUUCUCGCUGCCGAAGUACGGGUGAAUGGAGAGUAUUCCAGAAACCCUAACCGGACACUGCGUAUCCCGGAUCGCUCUAAUGGCUACUUGGUGAGCUAUGUUUCCUCCGGCACUGUCUCCCGAGAGGAAAACCCUAGAAAGAUCCACGUCUUGGAGCCAAGAAUCAAAAGGUUUUUGUUUGGAUAACCAAAUGAGGGAUGCGUAAGAGUCUUCGUAUGCAAUCGGGAGCCUGUUUUUUCCGGUGCGAGGCGGUAGUCGACGGAAAGAACGAUAGAUUUAGUGGUGGCGGAAAGGUCUCCUAGGAAGUGAUGGUAGCCUAGCCAUGUGGUGGAGCCGAUUGCAAAACCGCCGCCGUGGAAGUAUACAACGAUUGGUAGUGAUUGUGGCAUGAUGGCGGCGGUGGGGAUGAAAAGUCUUGCAGUUAUUGGUUUUGAUGGAUCUAUGGUUACAUCUUUGCACUUGUAGCCAUCGUACAAGUCAAGAGAGGCCAAAGAUGUUUCCGGUAUGAAACGCUCAAUGGUACCAUCGGAGUAGGCUUUAAUGAAAUCGGAGGCUCCUAUGAUGGUGGGUUCCAUGGUGGUGGUGGUGGUGGUGUUGAGGAAGUGAAGGGUUUUGAUAUAAAUAGAGCGGUGGUUACAAUUUAUGUGGAAAGGAGGUUG